UCGACUCAAAGCAAUCAAAUCACAUUUUGUGAAAUCGUAAUACACCUUGCUUUUCUUCUUUCUUCGCCAAAAUCAUGUUGUUCAAAUUGUUGAACAUCUUCGUGACACUCCUCCUGGUACAGGCUGCUUGGAGCGCUGCGUUUCACGAUGAAGAUAUCGAAGCUUCUCAAGAAGUCCAGUCCGACAUAGUGUCGUAUUAUGAUCCGUACACCGGAACUGAAUUAGAUGUAGACACGAGCGAUGCUCUUGUUGCAAUGAUACAACAACGUUCGCUAUGCAAAAGUGAACAGAACGGUUAUGGCUGUUGCGUUGGUGUUCAUGUCAAAAAAAUGAAAGCUUCAAUAUGUGCAAAACUUACAAACGGUAACGACCCUAAGCUUGAAAUAACCGCAAACGGAAAAACGAUCUUCUCGCAUUCCGCGAAAGCGAACACACCUGAAAUGUGUGGUAACAUUUUCGAAGGAGUAAAAGUUUGCGAACAAACACAAGUCUCUGUUGUUAACAAUGGUUUACGGGUUUGCGCGAACAUCAGACUUAAAUACGCUUUCUUUAAGAGUCACAUAAACAUCCCAUGCUUUACUAUUGGCAAACAUGGUAUCUCCGUGAACAAUUUCGCACAGUUAGAGAAUCAACAGGAAAUGGAAUCGAAAAUGUACGACGAAGUAAAUUUCGAGCAGUAGACUCUGUCCAAUCUGGAUUAUGACAACUACGUUCCAACGUUAGCUUCUAAGCAAGA